GCAGUGUUGCAUUAUAUUGCUCAAUAUUUUUAAUAAUGACUUGUUCAUUAUAUCAUCAACUCGAAAAAGUUACGUCUAACGUAAAAGUCAAAGGCUAUGCGCAUGUGUCAUUAUUAGCAAUAGUUAAACACAGACGCAUCUUGAUCUUAUUUAUUUAAUAAAAUACUACUCGGAAUCACGAUUUUAAUUCUCGUCUAAAAGUCUUUUUUCAUGAUUAUUAAAAUUAAAUAGUCUAUUUAAGUAUAUUUUCUAAUAUAUUUACUUCGUGACACUUCAACAAAUACAUUAUUUGAAAAACCGACGAGGGCAUAACCUCCGUGAGAUGUCAUCGACCACAUGUAUUGUUUUUGAUAACUAAAUCAUAAAAAAAGUAUCACAAUCGAUUGCGAGGCUUAUAUUUAAUUCUGUAUAUAUUCAGCUUUCACUUUUGUUUCAUCUUUUUCAGUCAAUGGACUACGAGAAGCAAAAGGAUGAAGUUUCUGCAUUGCAAAGUAUCUACAAUGAAGAGGAAUUUUUAUAUUACGAAGAAAACGGUCAAUUUAACUGCACUUUUAAAAUAUUCGUAAACCUUCCAGAACAAUUUCUUUUGACAUACAAGGAUUUGAGACAUGAAGCGGAUUCUAAGCAAGAAGUACAGAUAUCGUAUUUGCCACCUUUAACAUUAAAUGUUACAUUGCCAGAGGAUUAUCCAUCCGUGUCUGCUCCUACAUUUACAUUAUGUUCCUCUUGGUUGCGUCCAGUAAUGCUGUCAAAGCUAUGCAAGAAGCUUGACUUGUUAUGGGAGAAUAGCAAACAGGAAAUUCUGUUUACAUGGAUGGAGUUCCUUCAAGACAAAACGCUCAAAUUCUUGAAAAUAAAAGAUCAUCUGGAUAUGGAUUAUAUGUAUACGUCGUACAAAAAGACAUUGGAAAAAUUACAGAAUUUGCAAGCAAAUAAGGAAAUAGAUGAACAAUAUAAUAAACAGUGCAACAGUGAAGUUAGUAAAGAGAGUGGUGUAUCAAAGAAGAAUAAUGUCAUUGAUAAGAGAGCCAUUUUAGAUUGUUUAAUUGGUAAAAAUCCUAUUCAGGUAUUGAUUGAUUACAAUGAGAAAUGGAAACAAAUUGAAUUCAAAAAAAGGUUUUAUACAUGUAACAUCUGUUUCACUGAUAAAUUGGGAGAACAUUGCACACAGUUUUUGCCUUGUACUCAUACUUUUUGUAAAGAUUGUAUCAAAGGUUACUUUGAAGUAAAGAUUAAAGAAGGAAGUGUACAAAAUAUCUGUUGUCCUGAAGAAAAGUGUAAAUUUGAAGCUACGCCUAAUCAGAUAAAAGACUUAGUAAGUUCAGAGUUGUUUUCAAAAUAUGAUUCCCUACUAUUAAGUACUACAUUAGACACUAUGAUGGACAUAAUUUACUGUCCAAGACGACACUGUCAAUAUCCAGUCACUCGUGAUCCCGAUGAGUAUAUGGCAAAAUGUCCCGUUUGUCAAUAUGCAUUUUGUGUUCGUUGCAAGAUGGUUUAUCACGGAAUAGAACCCUGUAGGAUUAGUUCAGCUGAGAAACAACGAUUAUUCAAUGAAUAUCAAUCAGCCAGCAACGAAAAGAAAGCAGAGAUGGAAAAACGGUACGGCAAGAGGCAACUUCAAACAAUGAUGGAAAAUGCUAUGUCUGAAAAUUGGAUCAAUGAUAAUAGUCAUAAUUGUCCUCACUGCAAGACAGCAAUCGAGAAAUCGGAUGGCUGCAAUAAGAUGACCUGUUCACAUUGUGGCACAUAUUUCUGUUGGUUGUGCGGCACGCGGCUCAAUCCCGAGACGCCUUACUUACAUUUUCGAAAUCCGGAAUCCAAAUGUUUCAAUAUGUUGUAUCGUGGUGUAAUACCCGAUGAACCGGAUGACGAUGACGAUGACGGUUUCGAUUUUCACGCCGAAUAUUUGGAUUAUUAUUCCGAUGAUGAAGAAUAUAUCGAUGAAGAUUUCAUCUUAGAGUUCGACGAAUAAACUUAAAUUAAAUCGUGUAUAUAUAUAUGUACAUAUGUACACCUUGCUUCUAAAACAGGAGUCGGCUACGCCCUAAUUAGGCGCGAGUCAUUACCGUGUCUCUUGAUAUAUUAUAUGAUCUUUAAAUUUGCGAAACAAUCAUCGAUAUGUCUCAGGACACGGUUUUCUUGAUUGCUGUUUAUCAUAGUUAAAUUAGAUUGUUUUAUGCACUGUGUUGUAAAUUUUAUUUCUAUUGAACUUGAGAAAUGUUUUUAUGAGAGUACGUGAAUCUAGUUUUCUCGUAAUUGCUAUUGUAAAAUUAAAUCGCAAAAUAAAAAUUAUUUUUUUAAUAGUAA